AUGGUGCCUGAAAAAGAACGAAUUGAACUGAUCCGGAUGCGGCAGCAGAUCCAGAAUACGGGGGACAAAGCACAACUCCACAGCAACAAAACCGUAGUUGUACCACCGAGCUCCACUCCUAUCCAGAUCGACCGAGACGAAAAUGGAUUUACGUGCACUAUCGCGCCCCCUCAAGCAAAUUCAAUAAUGCGUCAAUUUGAGUCCCUAGCGCUGGAAAGCUACAUUCGAAACUCCCCGGACAUCGACCACCUCCUCUCCCUCUCGAAGCUCAAUAUCCAGCACGCAAUCAUCGAGAACACACGCUCGAUUGGCAUGACAAUGGAGUGGAUGCAAGAUGAUGAUGCUAUCUCUAUUUUUAACACCACAAUACCUGGCUUCUCGGUGUCAAUACCCCCGAGUCUCCAACCAACAGAGCUCCAACGGCGCAUCCCUCAUCACCCCUGGCUGGAUAUCUUUCCCUUUCACACUAUGCGUGAUAAUCUUAUAGCCCUUCAACACAUUAUCAAUGAUGAGGAUUUGUGUCAUGAUUUGAUGGCAUUCUGGGAUACCAGAAAUACCGGGGCCAGUUUGCUAGUGUGGGGUCCUUCUUGGGAGCCGAAAAACUGGGAAGUCACGCCGGCUUUCCUGCUGAAGUGGGGAUUUUUGCUUAAGGGCUGUGAAGAGUUUGUGAUAUAUACCAAUCGGUGGAGAGCGAAGAGGGGCGAGAAGCCUCUCGAUUGGAAAACAACGCUAGCUUUAAUAUAUCGAUCACCUGGUGAAUAG